CGUUUUGUUUCCUGCGGCUGCGGCGUCGGGUCACAGGGAGCCAGCUCAUCCAGACGCUCCCCUUCCUCCCGCGAGCAAAGCACGGGGACGGAUCGAAUCCACCCGUCGACCACCUUGCGCGCGGAGCGCGGAAAGCGCCAUGGCGGGACACGCCGCCCCGGAGCUCCCCAAGAGGUGCCACCACUGCGCAGGCCCGCUCUCCAAGGACAUGGAAACAAGCAGCUGGACGGUGACUCCGUUGGUUCGAGAUAGCUUCUCUAUGAUUGGUUCCGCUGUUGGGGGCACUGCAGGUGCAUUUUAUGCUUUUAAUCAUGCUAUGCCUGUUGUUCGGCGUUACAUAAAAGGGCCAAUGUGGAUACAUUUUCUCAUUGGUGCUCCUCCGGUUAUUGUAUUCUCUUCUGCAUGUGCUGGAUUAGCAGGUGGUACAAUACCAGCCCUUGCACAGCUUGUUUCUUCAUCCUGUCAUGCGGCUAUGUCAUCGCCCUCCUUUGCCCGCUCCACUUCUCACGACAACAUGCACAAGAGCAGAGGCUCCACGCCGCUGUAACUUACCGGCGGAACAGACCCGCCACAAGUGUACCGCUCUACAAAAUCUAUGUUGGUACUUACCACCUGGUAAUAGGUGAUGCUUUUGUAAAUGCCAAGACAUUCCCGUGGAAUGACGUUAUUAUAACUUAGAUAUGCUGUAUUCUAGAGAAAAAAAACAUAGAUAUGCUCCAUUCACAUUCUUUUGGUGUAUAGGUUGGGCUGAUCUAUCUUGGGUUAAUAAUUUGUUGUAAAACAUAGUUCAUACUUCAGAUUGUUGGCAACAUAAGUUAUGAAGUUUAAACUCAUCGA